AUGAGGGUGAAGACUUUUCACAGAAACGGCAUCCCUGCGGUGCGUCAUGAGAUGGGACACAUCACGCUCUCCGCUAGAUCUCACUGUGCAUCUGCAACCCUUCACGCUGGUCCUCAUGUAAAGCGUAAAGCUCUGCUGGAAACUCUGCGGUUACCUCACAACACAGAAUAUGAAAUCGUGGCCCCAUACGAGGAGGACCAUCAAGGGCGUUACGUUUCCCAUGCCGUGGCCCACCAUCACCGCAGGAAACGCUCCAUGGAGGGUCAAGAUCACGACCUCGCUGUGCACUUCAGGCUGCGUGGAUUAGGACAGGACUUCCACCUGGACCUGCAGCCGUCACGUGGCCUGAUCGCCCCCAGCUUCACCGUACAAACCCUGGGCAGGAGCGGCACAAAGAGCCUGAAGCCUAUUCCUCAAGACCACCUCUGCUUCUACCAUGGGGUGCUGAGGUCAGAGGUCAACUCAUCCGUGGCCCUGUCGACAUGUGCAGGGAUGUCAGGUUUGAUCAGAACUCAGGGUGCGGAUUACUUCCUGAAGCCGUUGCAUCCACAUCAGGCACUUCUGGAAAACUUCUCAGCCACAUCUGACCAGCAUCCCCACAUCCUAUACAAGAGAUCCACUCCAGCACAGAUCAACAGAGGCAGAAACAGGAGGUCAGCUGAGCCAAAGACGGUCAGCAGAAGAGGUUCAGCAGUCCCGUAUCUGUGGAGAGCCACACAGACGGAUCCAAAGGAGUACCAGCGUACGCCGCACAUUCAUGACGGCACGUGGCAGAGACAGCACUUCUGUGGAAGACGGAAGAAAUAUAUGCCUAAACCUCCCGAGGAUGAUAUCUAUAUUUUUCCGGAUGAAUAUAAGUUCAUGCCCAGAGGGAAGCGAGCCAUUAUGUUCAAACCUCAGACGCACAAGAGGCUAAAUGUGGAGACCCUGGUGGUGGUCGACCACAAGAUGAUGGACAAUCAUGGCCAUGAGAAUAUAACCACAUAUGUGCUUACUGUUCUUAACAUGGUCUCAACACUUUUCAAAGAUGGCACGAUUGGAGGUGACAUCAAUGUUGUAAUUGUUGGACUAAUACUGCUGGAUGAAGACCAGGAUGGACUAGUGAUUAACCAUCAUGCGGAUCACACUCUGAACAGUUUCUGCCAGUGGCAGUCAGGACUGGCUGGGCGAGAAGGUCGCCGCCAUGAUCAUGCCAUCCUGCUAACCGGUCUGGAUAUCUGCUCCUGGAAGGAUGAACCAUGUGACACUCUGGGCUUUGCUCCAAUCAGUGGGAUGUGCAGUAAGUACCGCAGCUGCACGAUCAAUGAGGACACGGGUCUCGGUCUGGCCUUCACCAUCGCCCAUGAAUCUGGCCACAACUUUGGAAUGGUCCAUGAUGGCGAAGGCAACGUAUGUAAGAAGUCGGUUGGAAAUAUUAUGUCUCCUACCUUGGCGGGACACAAUGGUUUAUUCUCCUGGUCAUCCUGUAGCCGACAAUAUCUAAACCGAUUUCUAAGUACCGCACAGGCCACCUGUCUGUCUGACGAACCCAGCGCCAUCCAGGAGUACAAGUACCCUGAGAAACUUCCCGGAGAGCUGUACGACGCCGACACGCAGUGCAAGUGGCAGUUCGGAGAGAAAGCUAAACUCUGCACUCUGGACUUCAAGAAGGACAUCUGUAAAGCCCUGUGGUGCCACCGGGUCGGAAGAAAAUGUGAGACCAAGUUCAUGCCAGCCGCCGAGGGCUCAGCCUGCGGUCCAGAGAUGUGGUGUCGGCGGGGUCAGUGUGUAAAGCAGGGGGAUGAAGGUCCUAAGCCGGUUCAUGGUCAGUGGACAUCCUGGUCUUUCUGGUCCAGCUGCUCGAGAAGCUGUGAGAGUGGAGUGACCUACAGAGAGAGACACUGCAGCAGCCCCAGGCCCAUGUAUGGCGGCAGGUUUUGCGAGGGCUCGUCUCGCUCUUAUAAACUGUGUAACACCGCUGACUGUCCUCAAAACGCCGUGGACUUCAGAGCUGCCCAGUGCGCCGAGUUCAACAACAAACCCUUCCGCGGAUGGCACUACAAGUGGAAACCCUACACACGCGUGGACGAUCAGGACGUGUGUAAGCUCUACUGCUUCGCUGAAGGUUAUGACUUCUUCUUCGCCCUCUCCAGUAAAGUCAAGGAUGGGACGCUCUGCACACAGGACAGCUCCGAUGUCUGCAUUGAUGGCAUUUGUGAGAGAGUGGGCUGUGACAGGGUGCUGGGAUCCAAUGCCGUGCCGGAUCUGUGUGGCGUCUGCAAGGGCAACAACUCCACCUGCAAGAUCUACAAAGGGCAAAACACCAAACAACAUUACCUGAGCCAGUACUACCGUGUGGUGACCAUACCGGCUGGAGCGCGCAGCAUCCGUGUGAUGGAGCUCAACUCCUCCAGCUCUUAUCUGGCACUGAGGAAUCUGCAGAAGAAGUAUUACCUGAAUGGACGCUGGACAGUGGACUGGCCUGGACGACACUCCAUCGCUGGGGCUGUUUUUGACUACAAGAGACCCUACAAUCGUCCUGAGAGCCUCACCUCCACUGGACCCACCAAUGAGACACUGGUGGUUGAGGUUCUCAUGCAGGGCUGGAAUCCGGGCAUUCAGUGGGAAUUCACACUGACCAAAGACCAUACAGAGCGACGCAACCAGCCCAAACACAACUACACGUGGGCCAUCGUUCGCUCGCAGUGCUCAACCAGCUGCGCAGGAGGUCAGAUGGUCAGUAAAGCAGUCUGCUAUAAGGAUCUGAGGCUGCAGGUGAACACGUCUUACUGUAACUCGCGAUCUCGGCCGUCCACCGGUGUGACGUCCUGUAACACACAGCCCUGUCCCGCAAGCUGGCGUGUGGAGGACUGGGCCGCAUGCAGCCGCAGCUGUGGAUCCGGAGAGCAGAUCAGACAGGUGCGCUGUGUGCAGAAAGCAGGCCUGGAUCAGGUGCACACGGUGACCGAUGACCAGUGUGCACAACCACCGCCGUCUCGCAGACAGACCUGCAACACACACAGCUGCCCGCCGGUCUGGAGCGCUGGACCCUGGUCGCAGUGUUCUCGUAAAUGUGGGAAGGGAGUGAUGAAGAGAGCGGUGGCGUGUGUGAGCAGUGACUCCCGCGUGCUGCCGGAUGCCUCCUGUGCCGCUCUGCCCAAACCCAGCAGCCAAGAGACCUGCGUGAUCAAACGCUGCCACAAACAGCGCAAGGCCCAGUGGUUCGUCUCCACCUGGCAACCGUGUUCAGUGUCCUGUGGUAAGGGCCUUCAGCUGCGUGUUGUGAAGUGCGCAGAGAAGGACGUCGCAGGAAAAUACAGAGAAUUGUCAGCCAGAAAGUGUCAGCAUGUGCCCAAACCCUCCAUGGAGCUCCAGAGAACCUGUGUCCUGUCAGACUGUCCUCACAGCAGAGCGGACUGGUACUCUUCCCCGUGGUCUCAGUGCACGGUGUCGUGUGGAGGAGGCGUUCAGCUGCGCUCCGUGCAGUGUCUCCUUCAUGGACGUCUCUCCUCCGGCUGUGUCCCGCAGAUGAAGCCUGUGAUGUCCCAGGCCUGCAACACUGCAUUCUGCCCUCAGCCACAGGAGAAAGAUGUGGUCUGUAAGGAUCAUAUCAGCUGGUGUUAUCUGGUGCCGCAGCACGGCGUUUGCAACCACAAGUUCUACGGGAAGCAAUGCUGCAAGUCCUGCUCGCACACGAACCCGUGAGAACCUCUCGAGAUGUUUGACUUCUGAGCCCUGGAUGGAGCGGAGCCAUGCCCUCACACUGAACACAAAGACAUUAUUAAACACUCGGAGCGGCUUGUUUGUCUGGAGAAUGGCACGGCCGGUUCCGGCGAGACUGUCAUCGACGAAGCCCUCUGGAGGCGACAGCAUGUCAGCAAGGGUGCAAAGACUCUUUUCAUUGUGUUUCACAGAGCUCUGCCUCGGAUAUAGGCUCAACUGAAUCCAUGUGUCCAGAUGCAUGGACAUGUGUUGUGUUUUUCCAUGAACAUGCCUCAUAAUAUCAUCAUAAACGGGAUUAAUGCAUCUCAUUGUGGAGAAUAUGGCA